CGCGGGGUUGAAACUCGGCUCAGUUGGAUUGCGACACCCUUCGCCGAAGGGUCGAGCACGUGCAGAGUUUCGCUCGUGGUGGUGGUCCGCGAAAAAUCCUACCUAUGCGUGUCGCAGAGUGGCUCUCGUAGACGUUCCUUAUUUUUCUUCUUUUAACAUCCGCGAAAAUAAAUGUAACGCGGUAGCAGAAAAUAAUAAUAUUAUUAAAAUAUUAAAACGUAGUUAAUUAAACGUUUUAAUUAAUGCGGAAAUAUAUAUAAAAGAAACAUUAAAGUUCCCUUACUGAUUGAGAGACGACAAUUAUCUUGUAUUUCUGUUAAGAGAUUGUGUUGGGAAAAAAAAAAAUACAAAAAAGAUUUUCUUUUAAACUAUGCAAAUGUAAAGUGCGCUCUCGCAAAAUUGCGCAAAUUAAUGGUCAACUAAUGUCAACACCGGAAACAUUAAACUACGAACUGUGGUUUCAAGCAUGAACUCCGCUAAAACUGAAGAGCUCUUCUCUCGGAAAGACUAGAAACCGAUAAACUAUUGAAACGCAAGGCCGGUAGAUCGAUAUGUCGACGAUCGAUCGCGCGCGCGACGAGUCGCUGUAAAGUAACGUGCGUGAAUCGUCAUCGUCACGGCACGUGCGUGACGUUUCCACGACUAUCGGCGGCACCAACAAACCCAAGGUCGUCGUGGUGGCCCGGCGGUGGCGGUGAGAGCAAGGUCAUCAGGGUCGCGGAAUCGCGAGGAGAAUGUGGAGGAAGGACGCGACCAGGCUGGCCAGGCUGAUCGUCGUCGCCACGCUGAUUUCCCUGACCGUUGACGGGACCGCCGCCGGCAGCUGCAGCUCCGCGAAGCUCUGCUGCCAGGGCAGGGAUUCGGGCUGCGUGAUUCAGAAGGAGUCGCCGAACGCGAUUAUCGAGAGUCCGCGCGACAAGCCGUGCUACUGCGACCACGCAUGUCUCAAGCUCGCCGAUUGCUGCGACGACUUCAAAGAGACCUGCGGCGUGGUCGACUGCGCGGUGAGCGAAUGGAGCCCGUGGACCCUAUGCGAUAACGGAUGCGGAAGUGGUACUCAAAGGCGCAGCCGGGUGAUCGAGAUCUCGGAAAAGAACGGCGGAAAGCACUGUCCGCGUCUGGAUCAGGUCAGGACGUGCCGCAGCUUCCAGACAUGCCACGCCGGGAUUCGCUCGCAGCCGCACGCUAAAAGUGUGACGCUUCUUGCGCUUUUUCCGGGCGACGGCAACAGUACAGAUGUAAGGAUCAAGGAUAGGAUCGUCGAUAAGAGAGGCAGCUGCGUUGCUUUCACCGUUUUGCGGAUCUCGCGGGGUUGCAGCAAGAUUUCGGAUUUGCUCUCGGAAGGUUCGCGGAUUUGCGUGGAGCGCCUCGGUAACGAGAGUCUGGACAAAUACGUGGGCAUCGGCAGGUGGAAGCUAUCGACCGAUAUUGCCGGUAGCGGCAAUCGGCGUGGCCGAUCGACCAAUUCGACCUGCCACGGAAAAUGGAUCGGCGAUUCGCGGCUGGUGGAUUGUCACGAUCCGCGAUGCGUCCAAUCGAGCCAGGCGUCCCCGUACACCUCGCAACUGUUCCGAGGCCGACGUCGCAGGGGCGCAAGCAGCAAUCCCGUCGUCAGCAAUACGGAUAGAGUUGUGAGAAGACGAAGGAAAGGCAGACGACGGAUGAGAAGUAGAAGAAGAAGACGCGCCGUCGCUGUCGCGGAACGGUGAACGUUCUCCGGAGCUCUGUCACAGCUCCCGCGAGUGUCAUCGGUGUUAGAAUCCCUUCCUCUCUCUCUCUCCUUUUCUUCAUCUAUCAUUAUGUAAGGAUAUAUCGUAAGACGUUGACGACAUUUCAGGAUUCUUUGAGAAAAUCGAUUUUUCCGUAGCAAAAAUAUUGAGGCACCGGUUUAAAAUGAUAAUUAAUUUAAGGGGCCAAUACUUCGUAAAUUAAACUUCAAAUUGCUACAGGUAUAGCAAUCAGAGAAAGCUUGCUUUUAUUUAAGUUCAAGUGUACUUUAACAGGAUUUUAAUUUGAGACUAUUUGAUUACCGAAGGAUUUAACUUUAAGAAUAAGAAAAAUGGUGUCCAAUUAAGUUCUUAC